AUGAUUUUACCAUGCCUACUGAUAUUUGGCUACACCUUAGCCUUAAGCCCCGAAAGAUGGGACAAAGCAAGCCGUGAUGAAUACAGCGAAGAACGGUCAGCCUCAAAGCCAAUUCAUGAAGACGUAAAUUUUUCCUCUACACCUCUUUCGGAGAGUCUCAAAAUCUGGACAUUUCGCGAUUCGAGCGGUUCGAGAGAUGUGAGAAUCGACAGUGGGGUCGUCAGAGGGCAUUUAGAGAAAGACAACGAUGCGGAUUACUUCGCGUUCCUGGGGAUACCUUAUGCUGCGCCGCCUACUGGAAGUAGUCGGUUUAUGGCUCCAUUCCCUCCUAAACCAUGGAUGAACGUAUUCUACGCGAACAGGACAGUCAUGUGCCCUCAACUAGGCAUCGGCGACGAGAACUGCCUCAUCGUCAACGUGUUCACCCCCACCACCCUGCGCACGCAGCUCCCCGUCAUCGUCUACAUCCACGGGGGAUCCUUCCUCAUGGGCUCGGGCCCGACCAAAGGACUCGGCCUCCUCAUCAAACAAAACUUCAUCGUAGUCACAUUAAACUACAGGCUAGGAGUACUAGGCUUCUUAUGUUUAGGGAUAGAGGAAGCUCUGGGAAACGCAGGGCUGAAAGACCAGACUGCAGCACUUCAAUGGGUCCAAAGAAACAUUCAGCAAUUCGGAGGAGACCCUGCCAUGGUGACCGUAUACGGCAUGAGUGCUGGCGCCGCGUCGGUCGAAUUCCACAUACUGGCUGCGCCUGAUGGCUUGUUCCAAAAGGCAAUUAUCGAGUCCGGAUCUGCCACCUCCGUCUGGUCAGUAGACUCCGAGCCCAUUGAUACUGCUAAGCAAUUCGCCAAUAUGCUAAAACCUGAAUCACCGAUCAGGACUUUGGAAGAACUCGUUUCCUUCUUGCAGACCAGAACGGCGGAUGAUUUAAGCGAAGCCAACUAUAGGCUCUAUCGCAAUUUAACGGAUGGGUCAUUCGGUUUCGUCCCAUGUGUAGAGAACAAAUAUAAUUCCCGAGAUGCAUUUAUAUUGGAUCCACCUCUUGAAAUAUUACAAUCUCGGAACUAUUCUGAUAUCCCAAUAAUGUUUGUAUAUAGCACUCUAGAAGGUCUUUUCUUAAGAAGCGCAGAAUAUUAUGAGCUGGAUUACAAAGCUGGUAUGAAUCAAAAUUUCCUUGCAUAUAUGCCAAAAGAUCUUAACAUUGACAGAGAACCGACCAGGAAACCAGUUUUAAAGAAAGUAAAACGGGAAUACUUUGGCCCUAAGGGGGUAAUAGAUGACGACCAUUUGUUUGGAUAUUUGAAUUAUUUCGGUGACUUUCUUAUAAUGCAUGGAAUGUUGGCUUCAGCAGAGAAGUAUGCUGAACCUGAGAAACCAGUGUAUUUGAUGGAAUUUGCUUAUAAGAGUGAACGGGGAGGUUUCGAGCAGUUCUACGAGUAUAUCAACCUGCCAGGGCAUGGUGACGUUGCGAGGAGCCUAAUAUCGACUAUACCGAUAACGGGUCGGAGUGAUAGACUGACAGUUACUCGUCUGGCACGACUAAUAGGGAAUUUCGCCAAGUUUGGUGACCCAACGCCAACACACACGCCAAUGCUGCCAAUGAAAUGGCCCAUGGUCCAGCCCGGCAACCUCUCGUACCUGCACCUAGACCAGGAGUUCAGCGUGCGACAACACGCCAACUGUUCGAGGAAGCGUCUGUGGGAUGAGCUGUAUGCGCUGUAUCGGAAGCCCGUGACAGCUGUUAACCCGUUUAUUUUCAUUUAA